ACAGUUUGAUAAAUAAUUGUUUCCAUACCUGAGGGCAGGGCAGUUGUUGGCCAGGAUAACCAGCUUGGCUUUUCCCUGGCGGAUCAUCUUCUGGGACUGUUUGUAGCCCAGGACGUAUUUCCCACUCUUCAUCACCAGCUGGAGACGGGAGUUAAUGGACUCCAUGGACUUUUUCUACAAGAUUAUACAAACAUAUCCAAAGUUAGUGAGUAAAGUAGCUUCAAUGCUAACUUUCACCACUUACUAAAACAAGAGCCUCCUGGAAACAGCCUAAGUUACAGUACACAACAAAAGCCCACAUUUCACCUGCCCUCCCAACUGUUUGGAGACCCGUAGUUACAACACAGAUAGCUGAACACGGGUUUGCGGGGAGGACGGGCCACAAUGUCUUCUCACGCACGGGACUAGAGGAAUUCGACGACAGACUGUUUUUAAGUUUGUCCUCCAGGGGAUUCGUUCUCCACACUUUGGAGUCCUCUUCAUUUAAAGAGAGGAUAUCUAUGCGCGACGUCAUCAGUGCAGCUCCAGCCUCUCCUCACCUCCUCACUCAGAAGGGAACCAUCCAGUCCUCUAUGUGCACUGGACAGGAUGGGAUGCUCCACCAGUUCACAAACUUCUGCGGUGGAAACCACUCGACCGAGUGCUAAACCCGAAGAAAGCAACGGAGCCAGCACAACAGGGGCAGCUAAUGAAAAUGGCAAAGUAGCCGAGGACAGUGAAACUCUCCCUGACCAGACAGAUGCUGAGGGAGGUGAGGCAAAGCCUGCAGAAGAGCCAGCAGCAGCUGCAACAUCUGCAGAAAACACUGCUGCGCUUCCACCCACGGCGGAGGAGACUCAGUCUGGGGAGGCAGCAGCACCUGCAGAGGCAGCAGCAGCAGCACCUGAAGAAACUCCUGCAGAAGCACCUGCUGAAGCUCCUGCUGAAGCUCCAGCAGCAGACAGUACUGCAGAGGCGGCUGCAGAACCUGCAGCUGCAGCUCCUGAGCAAGAAAAAGAAGAAGCUGCAGCGACAGAUCCAGAGCCCCAAACAGAGGAGGCACCAGCUCCCAGUGAGUGAGGUGCAACACAGAUAUCUGCACAAAUGAGUUUGUUAGGAAUGUCUUACCUUGUAUGCAUGUUUGAGUGAACGCGUGAGAGAUUAUGUGUGAGAGACAUCUCCUUGUUGCCAACAUGCAGACGCUUAGAUAACCUCUUUCAGUCAGGGCUCCUCAGUACCCCCACCCUCCUUCCAUAAUGGUGUAGGGCUGAAGUUUAUACUUUCAUACUGUACAUAGACAGAUCCCUCCGUCACUCUGUGGCUGUUUGUUUUCAGAGGGUGUAAGAAGAGCUUGAGAUUUCUAUUUAUUGUCUGUAUAGAAAUGUAUCAUUUCAACUUUAUCUUUGAUCAUUCUGCACUUGAUGAUAACUCUACCAAAGCCAAAUUAUAUUUAUAUAUCCUACCAAAUUAUACUGGUUUAUGAAAUUAUUUGAAGUAGAAGACUUUGAUUUUACAAUAUGACGAGCGGAUACUUUAAUGCAUUUAUGACUGAUUUUAAAUAUUCAUACACUGCAUGAAUGACAUAAGAGUACUUUUGUUGUUUCUGAUGUGUCAUUAUUUCUCUGUUGGCCCUGAAAUUUGUUAUAAGCUAAAAAAAUAAAGACAACCUUAGACAUGGUA